CCCGCAGCAUCCCCAUUUCUCCGUCCCAAAACCCUAGUCUAGUCCCCCCACACCUGGAUCCAUCGGGUCGGAGGCCAUGACGACGGCGAGGCUCCGAUCCUCGGCCUCCCUCCGCGGGGCUCUCCUCCGCCACUUCUCCGUGGGUCCCGCCUCGACUCCGCGCGCCGUCUCCCGGGUCCCAGAUUUCCAGGUUCCUCAGUCUAUUAUGUGGAGGCAUUUCGCAACGUCCAGGCCUAAUUCUCUUGCAAGACGCGACAACUUUGGUCUGAUGGCCUGUUUGCACGCUCAGAUACGAUGCGCUUCGCAGGCUGCUGCUGUGAAAGAAACCGAAUCCAGUAGCAGCAAGAUAAGCAUCGGGCCCAAACCAAAACAGAUCAAGGAGGAUGACGAGGAUGCUAACCUGGUAUACCAAGGGCCAAUAUCAUCGACCAUAAAGAAAGUGAAGCUUCUCUCCCUGUCCACCUGCUGCCUCUCCGUGUCGCUGGGGCCAGUGGUAACAUUCAUGACUUCGCCUGACAUGAAUGUGAUCCUCAAGGGAGCGGUUGCAUCCACCGUCAUUUUCCUCAGCGCCACUACGACUGCAGCGUUGCAUUGGUUCGUGAGCCCGUACAUUCACAAGCUCCGGUGGCGUCCUGGUUCGGAUAGCUUUGAGGCCGAGGUGAUGACAUGGCUAGCUACUCCCCUCAAAAGGACUGUCAAGUUUGCCGAUGUCAGGCCUCCUGAAACAAACAGGCCCUUUGUCACCUUUAAGGCUGAGGGGAACUUCUACUUUGUUGAUGCUGACCACUUCUCGAACAAGGCAUUGUUGGCUAGGCUAACGCCGCAGAAGCUUCCUCAUGAGUCUGCGUUCAAGAACUUGUGAUUGAAAGUUGUUCCGCUUGCCCAUGCCUGCACCCUUUUAGGCCGUUUUGAGAACAUUUCUGUGACAACUCUUCCUGCUAAUACUUUCCUGAAGAUGUGUUACUAUAUAUUUGUACUGUUGCGUAACAUUCUCUAUGUGGAGAAUUGCUAGCUGCUUGUGUCGAGCAGUUUUAGUUUAGGAAACACUAUGAGGUCUGGUAAACAGUUGAGUCUGCAUUUUGAAUAAGUAGAUGGCCAGAUAUCUGCCUGGGAUCCUUAAA